AUGGAUCAGCAAGAGAAGGUCAAGUUCGCAGAACAAGUGCGUCAAGUCACCUCAAAACAAUAUCCGGAAUAUUCACCACGUCCGGAUGCCAUCCUCCAUAUUCCCUCUCGUGCGGAAGAGCGGUCCAUCCGCGUUCACAAGUAUGAACCAUCGCAGAAAUCUUCCCCAGGCCCGGUCCUGAUCAAUUUCCAUGGAAGCGGCUUUAUCUUAAGGCUUCAUGGAAGCGACGAGGAAUUCGCAAGGCAAGUGGCCAGUAACACGGACUACACCGUGCUUGACUGCGCAUAUCGUCUUGCCCCCGAAGAUCCCUGGCCAGCAGCUGUUGAUGACGUCGAAGACGUUGUGAAAUGGGUUCUGUCACGUCCAACCGAGUUUCUCCCAUCCCGCAUAUCCAUUUCUGGCUUCAGCGCCGGCGGCAACCUUGCUCUGGUCGCCUCAUCUACCUUGUUUCCACGGCAAUUUGAGAAGGUUCUUGCUGUUUAUCCGGCUGUAAACCUCUUCCAAGACGGAGCAUCCAAAGCGGCUCCAGAUCCUAACGGCGAACCGAUUCCUACAUGGAUGACCGACAUCUUCACUGACUGCUAUGUUGGUCAGAAUAAUAAAAAGGACCCCCGGAUCUCGCCAUUCUUCAGUGCCCCGGAGAGUUUCCCGGACAAAUGUUGUUUUGUUACCUGCGCCCGUGAUAAUCUGUGUCCCGAAGCAGAAGAUCUUGCAAUGCAAAUCAAGUCAGCUCCUGGAAAGUUGGUCCAUCACCGUCGGAUGGAUGAGUGUGGACAUGCGUUUGAUAAGACAUACAAGCCAGGGUCUACAGAGGAGAAGGCAAAGGACGCAGCCUACAGUUUCCUAAUUAGUUUUCUUAAUAAUGAGUAG